AUGGACAAGAAGACAGCCCGGAGAGGAAAAGGAGCGAGAAAAGCUACUGCUGCCCAGUCAGCAUCGGCGGAUGAUGCUGCCAAGCCGGCCCCCAAGGGGCGAGGAGCAAGAAUGCAGGAAUCUUCUUUGGAGUGUCCUGGCAAAGUCAAGACAUCGCUCUUGAAUGAAGGGAAUGGAUACGAUCAAAGGGAAGGAAAAAAUGUUCACAAAGGGGGGAAAAAGUCCCUGAAGAGCCACACCCCCAAAGCCGAGAAAUGUGACCUGGCAGAAAAAAGUAACAAUCCCACCGAGGAUAAAGGCGGUUUGCAGAAAAAGCAAGAGCGCCACCUCAAGGGGAAGGCGUCUGAACCAGAGAAGGCAGAAGUUGCCUGGGGAGCUGUUCCCCGGGAGAAAAACCAUGUCCUCAAUAAGAAGGAACUUGCUGGAGAGGAGAAAGAAGCUCCCCCGCCUCGAGGGAAAAAAUCGUCCCGGAAGGAGCGCCCCGCUGCAGCAGCAGAGGAGCCGGACCAAAGAGGAGCGGAAGCUGUUCCCAGAGUGCCGCUCCCUGCGCGGAGGAGCUGUCUGAAACAAGUAUUGCAAACGAUCACAUUGCGCAAGGGAGAAAUUAGGGAUGCCGCCCAGCGGGUUAAUGAGGUUAGAGACCAGUUAGCAGAGACCAUCACAAAGAGGAUGUACUUGGAGCGGCGUGUUGAAAAAGUGGGCACCGGCAGCUACUACGAGCACGUCAAGAUAACUAAACCAAAUGAAUUUGAUAUUAUGCUUAAAGUGCCAGAAGUAAGAGUUGAACUGGAGCCCUAUAAUGAUGGUGAUUUCAGGGGUGUUUAUCAUUUUGUAAAAUUGAAAAGGAAUUCUGGAUUAAAACGACUAAAUGACUUUCUGGAUGAUCAGCAACGUCUUUCAGCUUCCAAUAUCAUUUCAGCACUGAGGAACAUUAUUAUAAAUGAAGUAAAGACUAUAAAUAAAAUGAAAGUAACUGUGGAAAGAAAAAAACCCGGAAGCCCAGCGGUUACUCUUCAAAUUGGAGAGCCACUUUCACAUAUAUCUGUAGACAUCAUUCUUGCUCUGGAAAUGUGUACAACCUUGGGCAAUAUUCGAAAGGGUGGACCAGACAUUACAAAAUGGCUCGGACAAAAAGGACAGAAGGAACUGGACCAGAUGAAACUAUGCCUUGUGCCCAAGAAUGCUAAAGAUGGAGCAUGCUUCAGAGACACAUGGAGACUCUCUUUUUCGCUUGCUGAGAAAACACUAAUCCACUAUCAUGGAAACACAAAGACAUGCUGUCAAGCAAAUGGAAAAAAAUGCUGCAGGAAAAACUGCCUUAAGCUUCUGAAGUAUCUUCUGGAGCAACUUAAAACAAAACAUCAAAACAGAAAUCAAUUUAACAAAUUCUGUUCUUAUUAUGCCAAAACCGCCUUUUUCCAUGCAUGUACCAGGUGGACCAGUGAUGAAGAAUGGCUCCCUACAAAUUUGAAUGAGUGCUUUGGAAGACUUUUGGAUUAUUUUCUUGAAUGUCUCAGAAAGGCUGAACUUAAACAUUUUUUUAUUCCUGAAUGCAACUUAUUUUACACUGAUUUGAAGUGUAGCAUACUUGAAAAAGUAAUUGAAAGUGAACGAACCAAUGGAUUUCCAAUAUUCCAACAAACAUGAACAAUCUAAUUUCACAAAAGAAUAUAAACCUAAUUGGAAGCUGUUUUUUCUAAA